GCGGAGCCGGGUGCGCAGUCCCGGCGCUGCGCCCUCCCCUCCCUCGCCCGCCGCAGCCGCUGGGCCCGGGCCGCGCAGCCCGCCAUGGCCGACCCGCGCCUGAGGCAGAUCAAGAUCAAGACCGGCGUCGUCAGGCGAUUGGCAAAAGAAAAAGUUAUGUAUGAAAAGGAAGCAAAACAGCAAGAAGAAAAGAUUGAAAAAAUGAAAGCUGAAGCAUGUGAUGAUUAUGGAAUUAAAAAGCAGAUCGAGAUCUUACAGGAGUCGCGAAUGAUGAUUCCAGACUGUCAGCGCAGAUUAGAAGUUGCACAUGCAGAUCUUACUCAACUACUAGAGAAUGAAAAAGAAUUGGAAGAAGCUGAAGAGUAUAAAGAAGCACGUUCCAUACUGGAGUCAGUGAAGCUGGAAGCCUAGAAGUUUUUCAGUACUCUUUAUAUGCAUUAGCACUGGGUCCAUUCCACAGUUUUAAUUUGACUAUGGCUCUGUUACUCUUGUUGACUUGCUGAAGUUCCCUUUACGCAAACUGGCCUUUCUCUAACUGCAAGAUGCAUCAAAUAAAGGAUGUUCUGAAACAUCUGUGUGUUCCAUAUUCAGGCAAUAUAGAGAAACAUUUCUAGUUCAUCCCAAUUACAAAAAGGACAAUAAAACUUAUUUAACAUAAGUGUAAUGGCUAAUAUACAGUAUUUAAUCUGAACAAUUCAGGCUGAGAAACCAAGUUUAGCUAUGCAAGGAAUGUGCAGGACCAAUAAAUACUUCGGAAUGAAACAUAAUCAUAGAAUGGGUUGGAAGAGAACUUAAAAGAUUCAUGUAAUUCCGACCCUCCUGCCAUGAGCUUUGGAAGCACCUUAUAUUUCAAAUAAUUUCAAGCCAUUAUAGCAUAACAAUCAGUACUGAAAGAGAAGAUGGACUAAAUGACCCUUCAAAGUCACCCAUCAUUUUUCUAUGAUGCAAUUUAUCUGUAAUUGUAUCAGGUAUGCACUCCUUGUUUAUCUAUGAGCCCAAGACAGAAUUAAGAGCUGAUUCCAAAUGAUUUCUCAGUUUGCCUGGGAUUGACUCAUAGAGCCACAUUCACACAAUUACCAUUGAUCAAAAUUCUGUACUUUUUCAAGAAGCAGAAUUUAGUAUAUGCCUAGUAUGUUUUUUGAAUCUGCUGAUUCUGGACUGAAUGCUUUUCCUGAAAGCACCUUUGUUUUUAAAUAAAGCUCAGACCCAGAAGAUGAAGAGAACUAAUGAGUAAGGGAACAAUCCUUAAUCUGCCUGGAACACCAUUAAAACAUUAUCUACAAAAACUGUGAUUCUUUGAGAAUAGUUUCUCCAAACAGCAAACAGUAAGCUCAGCUAACAAACAAUAAAGCUUUUUAAAUUCUUUUUUCUAGUUUGAAAGUGCUCUGGCAUGUUCCUUAAAGGCAACACAAAGCACAGUGUACCUUUUGUGUGGUGCUAUACUGAAUACUCUUAAUAAAAGUUUUGUUAAUUUGCCUGA